CCUCCCAUAUCCCAUCUCACUACUGCUUUAUAAAGGGAAUUCUCCCACAUCGUGUGCCUUGUGUCGUUUAUUUUUUCCUUUCUCAGGAGGGACUGCUGAGGCUGGCAGCAUUGCUUAAGUUGCUUAGCAAUCAUCUACAGUAUAAUGGCUCUGGCUCCUCUAAUCCUCUUGGCUGGACUUGCGCUCCUCGGCCAUGCUCAUAAAGACUGCCUUCAAGCUAAAAAUGUUGCCCUGCGAGGUAGGGCAACCCUAUCCCAACUGCACCCAGGGGUAUUGGGAGCCAUGUCUACAGCAGUCAAUGCCAUUGAUGGAAACCGUGACUCUAACUAUCAUCACGGCUCCUGUGCUUGCACAAAUGUUCACAACACUCCCUGGUGGCGUGUAGACCUGUUAGCAAAUCAUAAAAUCAACAUGGUGGUUAUCACCAACCGAGGUGACUGCUGUCCUGAACAGAUCAAUGAAGCGGAGAUCCGCAUUGGUAACUCCCUGGAGAAUGAAGGCAACAACAACCCCAGAUGUGCAACUAUCACUUCCAUUCCAUUGGGGGUUUCAACAAGCUAUAAUUGCCAAGGGAUGGAAGGGCGCUAUGUCAACGUGGUCAUUCCUGGAAAAACCCAGCACUUAACGCUCUGUGAGGUGGAAGUCUAUGGUGUUCCAAUAGAUCAACAGGACUGUCUUCAGUCACACAUUUCAUCACUCAUAUCUUGCCCAAGAAUAUUGUUUGCAGCUGGCAGGACUGGACAGCACUACUUUAAACUGCCCUUAAAGAUGGCUCUGACUCCAGUGCUUGUAAUGGCUGGACUUCUGCUCUUAUGUGGUGCUGAAGACAACUGCCCAGAAAUUGAAAAUGUGGCUUUGAGAGGCAAGGCCACCCAAUCACAGAUAUUAGGAGGUCAGUGGGGUUAUCUUGGUGAUCCUGGGAAUGCAAUUGACGGAAACCGCAACUCCAACGCCUAUCAAGGCUCCUGCAGCCAUACAGAAUCUCACAACUCCCCCUGGUGGCGGGUAGACCUGCUGGAGAAACACAAAGUCCAUCAGGUGGUCAUCGCCAACCGUGGUGACUGCUGUCCUGAAAGGAUUAACGGAGCCGAGAUUCGCAUUGGUGACUCUUUACAGAAUGAGGGCAACAGCAACCCAAGGUGUGCAACUAUAACGUCUAUUCCCGCUGGCAUUUCAAGCAGCUACAACUGUAAUGGGAUGGAGGGCCGAUAUGUCAAUGUGGUGAUUCCAGAAAAAAAAGAAUACCUAACUUUGUGUGAAGUGGAGGUCUACGCUGUUCCUGUGAAGAACCGCUGCUCAUCAUAUGCUUAAUGAUAGCAAUCAGAGGCCACUGGCAUUAAUAAGAAAAAUUCCAGUUCAUUAUUCCCUCUACUCUAAUCUAAUCAGAUGCAAUGACAGCAGAGAGCCACUAGAGGGAAACUGUACUAAUACACGAUAUUGCUAAGGCACACAACUCAUCCCUAACAGAGGUGAUUACACUGUGUAUGACACAAAUAUCCACUGCUUGUCUCUUUACUUUAAUUCUCUUUUUCCUAUCCUCAUUUUUACUUAAUGAUACCUUGCAUUUGAAAUAAAACAAACAUUUGCAAAUACA